CUUCUUCUCUCGCAGCAAUUGUUCAUCAUGUCUGCUGUACGUUCCGUGAGAAAAGGUCUUCACCUUCUGGGCUCGAGCUCGCUUGCUCGCCCCGCCUCUGUUGCUGUCAAUGGCGCAUCUCUGCUCCCGCGGCAGCUGGCAGCUUCUCCGCGCGCUCUCCGCCCCGCGGCCAGCUCCAUUGCUGCUGCUCGUCCCCUUCCCCGAGUGACUUCGCUGUCUGCUCAAGGAGGUGUUCGAUAUGCCUCGUCAGCUGCUCCAUCGGGUCCAGUGAAGAAGACUCAACUGUAUGAUCUUCACUUGGCCCGGGGUGCCAAAAUGGUCCCCUUUGCGGGGUACUCCAUGCCCUUGCAGUAUUCCGACCUUAGCCAUGUCGAGAGCCACAAGUGGACUCGGGAAAAGGCCAGUCUUUUCGAUGUGAGCCAUAUGGUUCAACAUCAGCUCAGCGGCCCCGGCGCUCUUGACCUCCUCAUGAAGGUCACCCCCUCCUCCCUCGACAAGCUCAACCACAACCAAUCCACUCUCUCUUGUCUCCUGGAGGAUGGGACUGGCGGCAUCGUCGAUGACACUGUCAUCACUCGUCGUACCGAUGACUCCUUCUACUUCGUGACCAACGCUGGUCGUCGCACGGAGGACUUGGCCUUCCUGCAAGCCGAGAUCGACACCUACAAGCAAGCCCACGGCGCCGACAGCCUGAAGUGGGAGAUCCUCGAGGACCGCGCCUUAGUCGCCCUCCAGGGCCCCAAGGCUGCCUCUGUCCUUCAAUCCCUCGUCACCCCCGACGGCGCCACCUCCGACCUCUCCACCCUCUACUUUGGUAACUGCCGAGAGCUGCACCUCACCUUCCCCGACGGCACCACCACCCCGCAGCCCCUCCUCGUCUCCCGCACCGGCUACACCGGCGAAGACGGCUUCGAGAUCUCCAUCCCCACUGCCAGUGACGCCACCCUACCUGCUCGCGUCACCGAGCUCUUCCUCUCCAACCCCGACGAAGUCCGUCUCGCCGGUCUCGCCGCGCGCGACUCCCUCCGUCUCGAAGCCGGAAUGUGUCUCUACGGAAGCGACAUCUCCACCUCCCAAACUCCUCCCGGCGCCUCCCUCACCUGGCUCGUAGGCAAGGAGCGUCGUGACCCCGCCACCGCCAACUUCAACGGCGCCUCCACCAUCCUCCCCCAGGUCGCCUCCCCCAAGACCCUCUCCCAACGCCGUGUCGGAUUCACCGUCGAGAAGGGCUCUCCUGCCCGUGAGGGCGCCAUCAUCGUCGAUCUGAACGACGAGUCCCGCACCCAGAUUGGUGUCAUCACCUCUGGCCUUCCCAGCCCUACUCUGGGCGGCACUAACAUUGCCAUGGGCUACAUCAAGAACGGACUGCACAAGAAGGGCACUGAGGUUGGCGUCCUGGUGAGGAACAAGCUCCGCAAGGCUACGGUUACCGGUAUGCCUUGGGUUGAGAGCAAGUUCUAUCGUCCUAAGGCUUAGACCCUUUCCCUUUAGGUCGGUUUUAUUGGCUUGGAUGUGGAUGGACGGGGUGAUAUAGGAGUGGGUGUUUGGCUUGGUUUUCAACAAUAGAUUCCCCCCUGAUGAUGAUUCUUGAUGGCUUGAUGUUUGACGUCAUUGUUUGUACAUAGAUUCUGAUGAUUCAUCUUUUUCUUUUUCCUUCCUUUUUCCUUUUGGGUCUCCCUUUGGGGACUAGCAAUGGGUUCAACCCUGUCGUGAUGGCUGCUCCGUUUGUCGGCGAAUGUCAGAUUGUGAGAUGUGAUAUAAUCGAAAAGUCCC